UCCGGCCUGCUGCUCGGUGAGCCGUCUCUGGGGCUCGGGGUCUGGUCUGACUCCAGAGCUUCGUGUCGGGAUCCGAGCGCAGGGACCCGAAAGGUCCGAGAGGAGGCGCUGUCCCGCGGUACAGAGGUGAAGUAGGGAUGCCCCACUCCUGACCUUGGAUAGGGCGGUCCUUCUCUAUCUCUGCUCCUCCGCUGCUGCUCCCACAACAGACUCAGAGGCAGCAGCUUCACCGAGGUACCGGCACAAGGUAAACACGUCCUCCAGGCCGUCACCACUCUCGCUGCAACAGAUGUAAGAAGAAAGUGAAACGACAAGGGCUUAUCUUGGAACUUCUUCAGGAUGUGACGUCUUUGUGGAGCCGGCUGAGCUUCAUGGAGUCUGAGAUAAUGUCUAUUCGCUGCCUUUAACAACGAGCAGAGGUCCUAGACCCACAGUCCAGUCUUCCCCAGAAGGCUGCCAAGCUAAUGCCUUUGGGGACAGCCUCUAGAGCGCUGCGGACUACAUUACCCAGAAGACGUCAGGAGGAGAGGCCGCCGUUAUGAACCAGUAAUGAAUCAGCGAGGAGUUUCUGCGCGUGCGCAUCCCGCCGGGGCGGGACUUCCUGCGUCCUCUUUGUGGCGGUUGUUUUCGCUCUUCUAGGUUCUGUUCCAGCUCCGGGGGCGUUGUGUCAGAAUCGAGGUGACGGGACCAAAAAGGUCCGAGAGGAGGCGCUGUCCCCACGGCACAGAGGCGGGUCUGAGGUUUCUGUGACGCCGCCCGGAGUGUCCCACACCUGGCCCGGGAUAGGGACCGCCGUGCCCGCCUCCCCCUCCUCUCCCGUCGCUCCUGGCCGGUGUCGCCCGCAGAGCCCGAUGGCGGCGGCCGAGCCGAGGGACCCGCCUCAGGUAAACGCUCGUCCGCAGGCCCUCCCCGCCCUCCGCCACCAGACGCUGAAGUCCCGAGGGCGAGGUGCCUGCAGCCCGGGCCCCGGAGUCCAGGACGGCGAGGCGGUCGUGGGUGCCGCCCUAUUUCGACGGACGGUGUGACGGCGCGUGGGAGAGGGUACAGGGGAGGGACCCGCAGGUGCAAAGGCUCGGAGGUCAGGCUGAGCCCCGAGGAUUCGGGAAACCUGGGGCCCAUCAGAUGUCUGCAGGAAACAAACACCGCGAGGUGGAAUCGCGCCUGGAUUGGCAGAGGGAGCGAGGACCCUGGGAGCCAUGGAGGGUUGUGAACUGGUUGAGAACGGUCUGGGUUAGGGCUUUAAAAGUUUUCAAAAAUCUGCCCAGAGAAUGAACGGACUGGAAUGGGAAUGACAAAUACAAAGAGGCACAGGAUCUGGUGAGAGGCAGCAUUGAGGACCGAGGCGCAGAGGUUAGUCAGCUCGAGGGCCCUGGUUCCAGGGCUGGGUGGGGAUACACGGGAGUCCCGCCCUCAUGGGGCCCAGCCUUGGUCGCCCUCCCCUUCCCCCCAGGUUCUGAAGGUUGAAGAGGCCCUUAGGAACCUACAUAAGGCAGCCGAGGAUGUCCCAGUUCUCAUUGUUUCUGGUGGCUAAAGUGGAACAGACGUUAGAGGGUGGUGUGACCUUUGAGGACAUUGCCCUGUACUUCUCCUGGGAAGAGUGGAGGCUUCUUGAUGAGGCUCAGAGAUGCCUGUAUCGUGAUGUGAUGCUGGAGAACUAUGCACUCAUAUCCUCACUAGGUUUUUGGAGUGAAGAGGAUAUUGAAGUACCCUUUGAACAGAGUUUUUCUGUAGGAACAUCACAGGCCAGGACUUCCAAGGAACCUUCAUCUUCCCAGAAGACUCAACCCUGUGAAAUGUGUGGUCCACUAUUGAGAGACAUUUUCCAUUUGCCUGAGCAGCAGGGAACACAACACAGCCAUAAACUAUUCAAGUGUGGAGCAUGUACAAAAGGAUUUUAUUUCAGUGCAGACCUUCAGCAGAACCAGGAGCAGCACAUGUGUGAAAAACCAUUCCUAAGCAGUGUGGACAGGGCGUCAUUUGUGAAUAGCUGUAAUUUCACUGUGUCAGGGGAGCCUUUUACCUCCAGAGAGGUUGGAAAGGACCUCCUACCCACUACAGGACAUCUGAAGCAACAGGCCAUUCACACUGAGGAGAAGCCAAACACAAUCACCCGCUCCAUGGAAACUUCACAGAGCAGAAAAAGUCAUCACCCCUGCGGUACAUGCAAGAAAGCCUUCAGUUCCAAACACACACUUGUUCAGGACCAGAGUGUCUACACUGAAAGACAGCGUUUUGUGUGCAGUGAAUGUGGGAAAACAUUCACAUAUAAAUCCUCAUUAAUAGUGCACCGGAGAGUCCACACUGGCGACAGGCUUUAUGACUGUGGCGACUGUGGAAAAUCAUUUAGGGGAAAUUCAGCUCUCAAUCAACAUCGAAGAAUUCAUACUGGGGCAAGGCAGUACAAAUGCAGCAAAUGUGGGAAAUCAUUUAGCCAAGAAUUUGUCCACAUUUAUCCCCAGGGAAGUCACACUGGAGGAAACUGUUACAUGUGCCAUUGUUGUGCACAGUCUUUUAGCCAUAGCUCCAUCUCUGUUCAACAACAGACAGUGCACACUGGAGAAAUGAGUUAUGCGUGCACUGAAUGUAGGAAGUCCUUUAGACGAAAAUCUGACCUCAUGGAACACUGGAGGGUUCACACAGGAGAAAAGCCUUAUGAGUGCAGUGAAUGUGGGAAAUCUUUCACUUCUAGCUCUGCCCUUCGUUAUCAUCAGAGAGUUCACACUGGAGAAAAGCCUUAUAAAUGUCGGGAAUGCGGGAAGUCUUUUACCUCUAGCUCUGGCCUACGUUAUCAUCAGAGAGUCCACACAGGAGAAAGGCCUUAUGAGUGUACUGAUUGUGGGAAAUCUUUUACCCAAAUAAAUCACCUCAUUAUACACCGAAGAGUUCACACAGGAGAAAGACCUUAUGAGUGCAAUGAAUGUGGGAAAUCCUUUAGCCACAAAUCUUACCUCUCUCAACACCAGAGAGUUCACACUGGGGAAAGGCCGUAUGAAUGUAGUGAAUGUGGCAAAUCUUUUACCUCUGGUUCUGCUCUCUGUUAUCAUCAGAGAGUUCACACAGGAGAAAAACCUUAUGAGUGCAGUGAAUGUGGGAAGUCAUUUACCAAUGGACCAAUACUCAUUCGACACCGUAGAGUUCACACAGGAGAAAGGCCGUAUGAAUGCAAUGAAUGUGGGAAGUCUUUUACCCAAAGAAAUCAUCUCAAUAUACACCAGAGAGUUCACACAGGAGAAAGGCCUUAUGAAUGUAAUGAAUGUGGAAAAUCUUUUACCUCUGGCUCUGCCCUUCGUUAUCAUCAGAAAAUUCACAUAGGAGAAAGACCUUAUGAGUGCAGUGAAUGUGAGAAGUCUUUUACCUCUAGCUCUGCCCUCCGUUGUCAUCAGAGAGUUCACACAGGAGAAAGGCCUUUUGACUGCAGUGAAUGUGGGAAAUCUUUUAGGGAUAGUUCUCAAUUGAAUCAACACCAGAGAGUUCACACUGGAGAAAAGCCUUAUGAAUGUAGUGAUUGUGGGAGAUCCUUUAGCCAGAAUUCAUAUCUUUCUAAACACCGGAGAGUUCACACUGGAGAAAGGCCUUAUGAGUGCAGCGAAUGUGAGAAAUCUUUUACUUCUGUCUCUGCCCUGGGCUAUCAUCAGAGAGUUCAUACUGGAGAACGGCCUUAUAAGUGCAGUGAAUGUGGGAAAUGUUUUACCAAUAGCUCAAUACUCAUUCGACAUCGAAGAGUUCACACAGGAGAAAGGCCUCACGAGUGUAGUGACUGUGGGAAGUCCUUUACUCAAAGAAUUCACCUCGUUAUUCACCAGAGAGUUCACACAGGAGAAAGGCCUUAUGAAUGCAGUGACUGUGGGAAAUCUUUUACCUCUCGUUCCACCCUUCAUUAUCAUCAGAGAGUUCACACAGGAGAAAGGCCUUAUGACUGCAGCGAAUGUGGGAAGUCUUUUAGCCGAAAAUCUAACCUCUCUCAGCACCAGAGAGUUCACACUGGAGAAAGGACUUAGAUAUGUAAGAAAUGUGUAAUUUCCUUGUUUACUGUAACAAUACUGGAGGAAAUUGUGAGGCACUCGCUGAAUUGAAUGUCAUAUAUCCAAAUACAAACAGUGAAGAGA